UCGCCAACACCGAUCCAGCACUUGAUGAUGCCCUGCACAAAUUCCCAACCCCAACCUUCACCUUUUCUUGUUUAUAAUUAUCAAAUUGAGUUUCUCUUCAGCCUACAACCCUACCCAUCUUUUCUUUUUCCCAUAAAUUUUGUCUCACUUCCAUGUUCUUUAUUGAGGAUCUCUGGCCACUGCUCUGGCACCUCGUUGAAAAAGUUCAUCUCUUCUCAGUGGAAUAGGUUAUGGAAAACCCACACACUCAAAAUUAGAGAAAAGAUUGCAAGUUCUAAUCUUUACAAUUCGCUCGCAUAGCUCAAUAAAUUAUCAUUAAAGGGUUUCUAAAAUCUUUGGGCUGGUGCUUUUCCCAAAUAGAAAAAGCAUCGUUUUUCCAAUAUCUACCCGAAUCGAUGACGAACUCAACCUGCGGAGGCACCGAGUCAGAACUCUGCCGAGACGAGUCAGCCGCAUUCGUCCUCAAAUUCGUGGCGAUCGCAUCCAUUCUGUUGGCGGGCAUGGCCGGAAUCGCCAUCCCACUCAUCGGAAAACACUGCCGGUUCCUCAGCACCGACGGUAACCUAUUCGUUGCAACAAAGGCUUUCGCGGCGGGGGUGAUUCUCGCCACCGGCUUCGUCCACAUGCUAUCGGACGCUUCGGAUGCGCUCAACAACCCGUGCUUGCCAGCAUUUCCAUGGUCCAAGUUUCCAUUCACGGGGUUCUUCGCCAUGAUGGCAGCGCUCUUCACCCUCCUCCUUGACUUCGCCGGAACUCAGUAUUACGAGCGCAAACAAGGGAUCAACCGGGCCAACGAAGAGCAAGCACGGGUCGGGUCAUCCGAACCGGACAGGAAUAGCAAGGUGUUCGGAGAAGAGGAAAGUGGUGGAAUGCAUAUAGUAGGAAUGCAUGCACACGCGGCGCACCAUAGACACAACCACUCACAUGGUAACGACGCAUGCCAUGGCAUUAGCAUUAGCAUCAAGGAACACGGCCACGCGCACGGGCACUCCCACUCCCACGCAAAUGAAGGUGAUGUUGGGGAAGAAACUGACGUUCGACACGUCGUCGUUUCGCAGGUAUUGGAGCUUGGGAUUGUAUCACAUUCGGUGAUAAUUGGGUUGUCGCUAGGAGUGUCACAAAGCCCUUGUGUGAUAAGACCACUAAUUGCUGCAUUAUCAUUCCAUCAAUUCUUUGAAGGGUUUGCACUUGGAGGGUGCAUCUCGCAAGCUCAGUUCAAGACAUCAUCAGCGACAAUAAUGGCUUGUUUUUUUGCACUAACUACGCCGGUGGGUGUUGGGAUUGGAACAGGAAUUGCUUCGGUGUAUGACCCUCAUAGUCCAGGUGCACUCAUAGCGGAAGGUAUCUUGGAUUCCUUGUCAGCGGGGAUUUUAGUGUAUAUGGCUUUGGUAGACUUGAUAGCAGCUGAUUUUCUUAGCAAAAGAAUGAGUUGUAACUUUAGGUUGCAGAUAGUGUCUUAUUGUAUGCUUUUCCUUGGGGCUGGUUUGAUGUCUUCGCUCGCAAUAUGGGCCUGAGUCCUGACCCUACCCCAAUAUAUAUGUUGUUCAAUAUUCAUGUGUGUUUCGUUUUCUUUCUUUAAUGCGGUUCUCUUCAUUUUCGAAUAGCUAAGGCACAGUUGGUUCCCCUGAACAACCGAAGCCCACUAAAUUCAUUUUAGCAUGCCAGAUUAGGUUUAUGUGAGAGCCGGUGAUAGUGGUGGCUCGCCGAUUACUAAAGUAACUGUUGGCGACAGAGAGAAACGGCUUAAAAACAAAUGUAUCUGUU